GUUGCGCAGCACAGGCGGUUAUCAUGGUUACUGAGUAUGACGGAACUGUCGCACUGACAACCGGUCGCAUGCACGCAGCGCAGUGCACUAGCCUUGAUCUUUCCGACUUUCGAUCAGUUCCCGUCCGACUGUCUGUGCUCCGUCAGAAUGCCGGGUCGUAACGACGCGCCUGCGCGGGGGGUAGUGCCACUAGUAGUAGUGGUGCGACUCGCAGAUCAUGACAGCGACGCGUCGACGACCACUCGGUGACCAGUAGAUCUAGCCGACGUCGACAUCAGACUCAGCUUACGAUGAGUUCGUAGAAUCCUUUCCCUGUUCCCUGUUCCCAACUCGCUACGGAGUGGUGACCAGGGGUUUGUACGAUCCCUUGGUUGUGACCAACAGCUGCAGCCUAGCCAUCGCCGCCGCCUCCCUGAAACGUCGCUGCGCAGACCGCGCGUCUACCAUGUCUACGGAGCACGUUGUGAGUGUCCUCGUCACGCGGAAGCAGGCAAGCGAUUCGGCGUGACACAAGGAAGAAACCGCCAGUAGAGAAGGAACGAUGAGCUCCCACAGCGACCCGGAUGAAAUCCAGGAGCUAACAAUGCGAUCCUGGUGCAAUUAUCAUCUAUGCCAGGCCAAGAAGACACCCAUGGUCAACCUAGGCACGGACUUCAAGACCGGUGUGCCUCUUAUCAAUCUGCUGGAGGUGUUAUCGGGCAGGGAGCUCCAGGCGCCAUUUCCUUAUCCUAAUGGGCCGGGGCACUAUCAAGAAAAUAUGGAGUAUGCCCGUUUCCACAUGAGGAAACUGGGCAUUGUCGUCAGCCACAUCGAUGAGUUCUUGGUCGUUAAAGACGCCAGUGUGAGAAAGUACGUGCGCCUCAUCUGGUCCCUGAUAGUGUUCUUUCAGAUCAGUGCAGCCGUGCCACUGAAGCCUGGUGUCAAGUUCAAGCGCAAGCCAACACCUCGCCUGUUGCUCCUGGCUUGGGUGCAGAGAAAGCUGGAGGGCAAGAGAAAAGUCAGUAACUUUACGACAGACUGGCGCGAUGGCUUGGCCCUGGCAGCGCUUGUGGAUGCCAUUUCCCCGUUUCUCAUGCCCUUCUGGGUAGUAAGAGACCCGAGCUACUCUGUGCGGAAUGCAAUUGAUGCAAUGAAGGUUGCCGGGCGAUGGCUGAGCGUGCCAAGGAUACUUCAACCUCAUCACAUGGUGAGUGACAAUUGCGAUCAGCUCAGCCUGAUGACCUACAUCUCCUAUUUUCCGCUGGCGAAGCUGAGGGUCUCGGCUCCGCUUAUGUACCCAAAGAACACACAAUCUACCUACCUCCCUGACGCGCUCAAGAAGAUGCUUUUACGCCCAGGCAAGGAAGACUGCCCCUUGUUCAUCAGGAUCUGUGAGGUCAUGGAGAAAGCUGUUGCGCGUACUUCGUCUGCGGAGCGGAGAAGGAGAGCACGCGUCGAAGCGGGCAAAGAAACAGCUGCCGAUAAGCGCAAGGCGGAGGCGGCAUUGGCGAGGAUCAUGUCCAGGAGGCAUCUCAGUUCACAGCAAUCACAUACAACGGGUGGUAGAUACCGGUCGCUGGCAGCUCACAGCAAAAGGACCACACACCUGCACCAGAGAGCUGCAGGUCUGAAACAGGCCAGGGCGUCUGGAGGCAAUCGCCACGGUCCGAGUAAGAAGGGUGUCGAAAAGCAGAACACCGCGCCAGUGUGUGAUGCGACGAAACUCAUUGUGACAGGAAACAUCACUGGCCGCAAGCGCUGCAUUCUAGCUCGCAACGGAACGGCCACGUUCUCGGUGGAUGCUAAAAAUGCUGGAAGUGGCCAGCUUUCGGCCAAUGUCUACUGCGGAAGCGAGCACUGUGAAAUAGAGCUCACCUGCACUGAUGAGCAUAUCUAUGAGGGUGGAUUUGUGGCUGCGGACUACGGCGAAUAUGUCUUGUCGCUGAAGUGGAAUGGUGUUGAUAUACCGGGUAGUCCCUUUACCAUCAUAUCCAGCAUGCAUGAACUGGACUUUGCCAAGGUCUUUGUUGAGGGGCCAGUCGUGGAGAACACAUAUCACGUGGUUGGAAAGCCGGCAAUCUUCCGCGUCACCGACCACAACUUCACCAAGCAGCCACUGCAAGUGCUCGUUAACGGGCCUGGUGGCAAGCCUGUUGACGUUGAGAUAGACACGGACGGCAGUCACAUCAAGGGCAUGCAGAAUGGUGUGCACAAUUGCAGGUUCCGCCCUGAGCACAGAGGCCCGCACACGGUUAGCGUUGCCCUGGGAGGCUACGUGCUGCCCUCCAGUCCGCUCACACUGUACGCCCUGUACCUGACGGACGCUGGCAGCUGUGUGGCAGGUGGCGACGGACUCCAGCCCUUCAGGGGCCACGUGAACGAGCAGGCAACGAUCACCGUGGACACCGGCAGGGCUGGGACCGGCAACCUCGACGUCUCAGUGAAGAGCCCCUCUGAUGUCGAGUUGAACCUGGUAGGUUCUUUCGACGAAACGGAAGACCUGGCCACUAUGUACUACACGCCCAGACUGCCUGGACUAUACACUGUCACCAUUGAGUUUGCCGGACAGCACGUCAAGGGAAGUCCAUUCCCAGUCAAUGUUAUUGACCGUAAACUGGUCAAAGUCUCCCUUCCAGAUGCGGCGACGAAAUUUCAUCGCCUGUGGGUAGACAAGCCUUUUGAAGUCAGCGUGGACACAACCAAGGCAGGUCCUGGACGCCUACGCUUGAUAGCGCAAUCGAAACUAAUGGAUGAUGCUCCGCUAGCCCUUCUAGGUGAGCAUGUACUGUCGGCAGCACAACACGAAAUUACAUACUCGCUAGACCUGAUCGGAAGUUACAGGCUUGACUUUGACUACUCACACAAUGUUGUGCCGGGGAAUUCAUUCGACGUUCAAAUCAUUGAUCCUAGGAAAGUGCGUGUACACGGUGCAGGCCUGCAGGAAGGCAAUGUGGUCGGACACGCCUGUCCGUUCACGGUGGAGUUUGCAGAGGCUGGCGAUGCUCCGGUUGUCGCCCUAGUCAGCGGGCCUGCGAAGACCCAGCUGCGCACCACUCUUGUUCAAGGUCAGCGGCUGGAGUGUGUCUACUUCCCGACAGUGGCCGGUGACUAUACAGUGAGAGUGCUGUGUGACGGUGAGGACGUCUCAUGCAGCCCCGUCCUGGUGCAGGUCGGUGAGUUCAGGGACGCGACAAAGUGCACUGUCACGGGCCCCGGCGUGCACCCCGCCACGGGUUUGCUGGCUCGACUGCGCACCGUCUUUGAUGUGGACGUGAGCCAGUGCGGCUGCGGCAGCCUGGAGGUGAUGGUAUCGCACACUACCGACGGGGGUCCAGUCCAGUGCAGCGUGCAAUGCGAUGACAGCAUGCCAGGUGUUAGCCACUGUUCCUAUGAACCGUUACUAGGCGGAAGACACAAAGUCUCGAUCAAGUUUGCCGGGCGACAUGUACCCGGCUCACCUUUCUACACCGACGUCAAGUGGCCAAAGGACUCGGAGCGGGUGACAGUACUCUCCGAAGACUUCCCGCGUGCCUUGACGUUGGGCGAGGCGGUCACUUUGCAAGCCAUGUGCAAGGAGGCUGGCGAUGGCAAGCUGCGGUUUGAAGUUCAGCCCAGCGAACAAGACCACCGGACCAGAGAGAUACUGCCAGAGCUGGAGCAGACACAGGAUGGUGGCAGGCGGUCAUUUCAGUUCGUGCCAAAUGUUGUGUCUGACCACUUACUGCACGUCACCUAUGACUCUUCACCCGUGUGUGCUGCACCGUUCAAACUGCACGUCGAGCCACGCACACCGAGGAACAUCAUACACGCCGAAGGUGCCGGUCUGCAACCACAAGGGGUGCAGACCGGCUUACCGGCGGAGUUCACCAUCCGUAACGUGAGCGACACGACACGCCUCACAGUGCGAGUCGAAACGCCCAGCCACGGUCCGUACAAUCUGCAGAUUACUCCGGCCAGCUCACGUGCCGCUAAGCAGGACCUUGUCGUGCUGAAUGCGGGAUACCUGCCCAGUAUGGUGGGUCAGCACACAGUACACAUCCUCUAUGCCGGGCAACACAUACGCCAGAGUCCUUUCCAGGUCAGCAUCGGCAAUGCGUCAAAGUGCAUCAUAGUCGGGCCAUCAGUUAGCAACGAUAGCGUGGCUCACGUGGGCAAGUUGGUCGAGUACACCGUGUUGGUUCCAGUAGCUGCUGGUCCAGGCAGCACUGCCAUCAUCGUCAGAGACCCACACGAUAAUGAUCUCCACUUACCUGCCGAGUCGCAACAGGAAAGGACUGGGGAGAUGGUAUGCAGGGUGCGGUUCCAGCCCCAGGAGGUCGGUGUCUAUGAGGUGAACGCUACGCACUGCGGAGGCCUCGUUCCGCGAGCGCCGUUCUCGCUCAAGUGCAUCGACCUGUCACUGGUCGAAGUAAGUGGCAGUUGCCUGGAGGGUGUCCUUGUCGGCAGUAGGCUCAUAGUGAAUGUGAACAGCCAAGCUGCUGGACCUGGUCAGCUGACCUGGUCCCUCGAUGAUACUCAACUGCAUGUACAGCAUGACCAACCAGCACCUGGCCUGCACAAACUAUCCUUCGUUGCUACUGCUGUAGGGGAACGUCGACUGACGCUGAAGUUUGCCGGAUGCGAGCUGCCGUGCUCUCCAAUAUGCCUGCCUGUGUACGAUCUAACCAAGGUGAAGCUAAGAGAUCCAUAUCUCAAAGAGAACGAUGAGGAGUUUCACAUAGUCUUUAUCAAUGAAGUCAUCAAUAUACCCAUUGAUCUCCGAACAGCUGCGCCUAUCACCUCCAUCGCCACUGGCAAGAUGGAGACGCCGUCUGGAAACUUGGUGGAUGGUUUUGUUUCGGCCAACUUGCUGGGUAUCAAUCAAAUGAAGUUCACACCAACGGAAGUCGGGGUGCACAGGAUUGAGCUCGAGUUCUUUGGCGUGGUUUUUCCGAAUAUGCCGUUGACAUUUGCCUGCGUAGAUCCUUCCGUCGCUGAGUUUGAACCCGAUCAAUUGGACCACGUCAUUGUGGAUAUACCGACUUCCAUCGUGCUAAAUGCUUCUCGGUGUUACGAUGGCUGCGAACCAAAGUUGGAGUCAUAUGUGACUGAACGCAACCACAACUUAAAGUACUGCGAUGUUGACGUGGAGACCAUCACCUCCAGACCAGGGCAGUUCCGCUUGACAUUUACCCCCACCCAACCAGGCAGAGGCAAGCUGCGCGCAGACCUUUUCGGCUGCCCGGUCUCUGGCAGCCCGAUGGUGUUCAGCAUUUGCGACCCGGCCUUGUGCACGAUGGAGGGCAGCGGUCUAGGCCCGACAGUGCGGGUUGGCAAGCCACUUAGCUUCACAGUGGACUGCAAGCGUGCGGGAAUGGGCGCUCUAACCGCAGUCAUCCACAAUGCCAGAACUCAUGAGCAGCUCGAGGCGGUCGUGUCUCAGACAUAUCGGCGCGGCACGUUCGAUGUCUCGUAUCAGCUUAGUUCUCUCGGCACGUACAGAGUGGCCGUUGGCUUGGCCGGUCAGCGGAUCCCCGACAGUCCCUUCACUAUAAUAGCCAUUGACCCAUCGCAGGUCAGCAUCCGGGGGAGGAUGCUGAAGGUUGUCAACGUCAUGGACGAAGAGGUCAGCUUCACAGUGGAUGCCAGCCAGGCCGGUGAUACCGCACAGCUGAGUGCUGAACUGGUCGAGCCCAUUCAAGAUGAAAUCUUACUGGAGGAGCAAGAACAGGGCGUGUACAUUGCAAGGUUCACACCUCACCAGCCAGAAAUGCACAUCGUCAACGUCUACUUGGCUGGCUUUCUCGUACCUGAGAGUCCAAUUCAGAUUUCUGUUACAGAACUCUAUAUUGGAUAGCCAGUGCUCACGUGUUGUCGUGUCUUUCCAGCUGGCAACCGUAACUAUAACAUCACAUCAAGCGUAGUGGAACAUAAAAUGGAAUAUGAGAGUCAUGUUGCUUAUCAUCCUGAACUGGCCUGGCCAUUGCUUGAUCAAUUCCAACCGUAGUAGCCACUCCGCCUUGACUCCAUGUUUGUGUGCAUCAUAAUAAUUAGUAUACGUGCACGCGCGCGCGCGCGCUCGUGUGUGUGUGUGUGUGUGUGCUCAGACUCCUCCUGACUUUUCUUUCACAUGAGUCUCCUAGGUGGUUACCAAGAGCCAGUGCAUGCCGGAGUAUGUGGUGUGAUGUGUGUGCGGGGAAAAAAUGAAAAAGACCAAAAUGUAGGGAUUUCCUGGCCAGAAAAAGU